AUGCGCUGGUUUGACGGUACUUUCUUAUUAUUAUUAGUUUCUUCAACUCAUGCUCAAUUCGGAGAAAUUGCUUCUCUGGCCACGUCGCUUUUAGGAGGUGCCCUAGGUGAGUUGUUUUCUUGUCUUUGUUUGAACUCCGGUUUGCUUGAACUACUCCAAUUACCCUUUCUUCCUACUCUAUCUAACGAGUAAGGGAUGAAGCAGAAACUUAUUUGAGGUCCUAACCAUAACUUCCUAUAACUAUUAUUUUCAUUUUCUUAGCUAGCUAAUUUGAACACAGGGACCCGCAAUUCCAUGCCGCUUCAUCAUCUCUUUUUAUCAGGUUGAUAAUAGCAAUUUACGGAUAUAUAUUUAAUUUUCCGCAAGUACAUUUUCUGAAAGACAGCUACUUUUCUUAUUAUCAUGUUGUUACGUUCACGUUGCCAACGACGUAGGCAUCCAUCAUUUAUCUUCUUUUUUCUUAUCAUAUCGUAUGCGCAGCCGUUCGGCACUGGAUUGGAUUACGUCGUCGUCGUCCUUCGUUUUUCUCCCAGUCUCUUUCACGCGCGGCAUCAUUAUCCUAACCUUUUUUGGACGGAAAGAAAGAUACGGCAUAGUGCGUGAGUGUGGCGACGGCAGAAGAAGAAGCAGAAACACUUGGACGACGCAAGAACUGGAUCUUGCCUCAAAUUCAUUAGCUUUUUCUAUGGUUUUGCCAUCUUUCGCGCAACAUUCACAGAUGGAAAUGAGCGAAACGCGUCUCGUAUGAAUGGGAUCGGAUAACGUUUCCCGAAAACACCUUUAUCGUCUUUUUGAUCCAUGAAUACCUGUUUGACAGUUUGAAAAAAAGAUGCAGGUUCAUUUAAAAAUGAGACGAAGUUAAUCUAUUACAGAUAAUUUGCUCUUACAGGAAAUGGAGCAGGAUUGGGAGCAUUAGCCGGAGCAGGAGCUGCUGGCGCAGGAGCAGCUGGGCAGGCUGGAGGCGCGCUCGCACAAAUUGGACAGUGUAAGUUUAUAAUUAGUGGAUACCUUUGGAGAAAUUUUAAUUUAGUAUAUCAACUUGCACAAGGAGCUCUUCAAUUAACUGGAACAGGAGUCGGAGUACUAAACCAGGCUUCAGAAGGAAACUGGUUUCCCGCUGUUUUGGAGCAAACUGCUAAGAACUCACGUUAGUUUCUACCAAUUCAUUCCGUCAAACUGGCAAUGAAAUUUUAGAAGCUUUCAUGAAAGGAGGAAAUAGUGGAAUCAAUCUUGGAGCUCUCGGCCCUGCCCCAGGGAAAUCUGGAGGUGGCGCUAUUGGACCCGAGUUUGGAACCAACUUUCCAGCGCCAGACAUUGAUGAUUAUGAUGAGAAUGCUGAAAUUCCGGGUGUGACUACUGACAAUAAGACUCCAAAGGCUCCAGAUGGUCUUGUUGACAUUGAAGACAGAGACUACGAAAUUGAGACCACAAAAGCUGCUACCACAACUAAAGAAAUCAUUAUCACAACUACAGAAGCUGUCACGCCGUUCCCAGACGAGGUAUUUUUUUUGUUAUUAUUUAUUAAAAAAAAAUACUCUACAGGAUGAAGAAGAAACUGAGCCGACAACUCUUCCUCCACGACAGAUAAGAAUUCAAUUACCCGACAAAAACGGAAAAACUGAGCCAGAAGAAGAAUUGGACUAUGAAGACUUGGUGCGCCAGAUGAGAUGAACUUAUAAUCUUUCAAAUAUUUUUUUUAGAUUAACAAAAAAACGCAUGCCGUUGUGACGCCAAUUGUCCCAACGAUUGACGCUGAAAGCACUGAAGAACUGAAAAAGAACGUGAUUGCUACUCACGGAACAAAAACCCAACCAAUUGUUCCAAAACUAGAUAAACUUGUUGAAGUGCUUCAAAAAAGCAAGCUUUCACGAGAAGAGAUUGAUGAAAUUGUAGCGCAAGUGAGUUUUGAACACUUUUCCGUUUCUAGCACCAUUUUGUUAUAGGUGGAAGGGAAUAAACACAUUGAGAAGCCUGCAAAAUAUGAUUUCAACGCCGCAGUUCAAAAUAUUCCUGAUAAGAAAAAUCUGAUCCGACAGAAAAUUACGGAUGCUUCACGAAUCAUCAGUACCAGUUUUGAAAACCAAAGAAAAGAGCAGAAUGUUGUGAUUCAAAAGCAAGUGGAUGAGUUCAAAGUUCUGCCUGAUCUCACUGAAUCUACAGUUGUAAGUUCACUAGCAUGGCUAUGCAUGUGCAUGUGGGCAUGAUGUAACUUAAGGCAUCGAUCACUGCAACAACAAAAGCACCACCAACAACUACUACUAUCAUUACCACCGCUCCGACCAAAACGUCAACAACCCCAAAACAUAUUCAGCAAGCUCGUUCGGUGUCACAUGUCGCUCCAGUUGCUCCUUCAGUAGCUCUUCAGACUACUGUUCCUCAAACUGCUGCGCCACAAGGGCAGGUCCAACAGCCACAACCACAACCGUAUAACAACUAUUUGUACCCUCAACAGCCAUUACAGCAUAUCCAGCAUCCAUUCCAUCAACAGCAGCAGGUUUAUUAUACUCAAGUACCCAGCAAAAUAAAUCAAUAUUCUGAUCAAGGAAUCUAUUUUCAGGCACCGUUUUAUGGGCAACACACUCAAAACUAUUGGGGCCAACAAAAUCAUUUUGCACCACAGGUACGAUUUUGAAAUUUAAUUUGAGACCUUAAACUUGUUAUGAAAUUAUCCGAAAAUCACAACCUUUCUAGAACAUAUUUUUUAGCUUAACCAAUAUGGAUUGCACAAUCAACAACCACAACAGCCCCAACCUCAGCAAGUUCAGCAAAACUUUGGUUACUCGACUCCACUUGCAGCACCUUCUCAGCCAUACCCACAACAGCAAAAUCAGUACUACGCAGUGAGUGAGAAUAAUUUAGUUCAGUAAUAAUAGUAAAAAUUUCAGCAGUAUGUGCCACAACAGCAACAACAACAGCAAUUCUUUCAACAGCCACGGUACUCCACAACAGUCCCACAACAAAUUCCUCAUUCACCAACUCAACCUGUGCAACAACCAGCAACAUACGCUCAGCAGAGACAGCCAAGUGCCCAACAAGUAGUUUAUCAACAGGGGAGUGCACAGCCAACUGCUGCACCGGUUCCGCAAGUACGACCACCUGUCUCCUCAGCGUACCCCCAACCAAAUGGAAAUACCAACCAAGUCGUCCAUUACUAUCAUGAUGGGCGACAGAUUGUUCAGCAAAUCAUCCCGAAAAAAAUUGCGGCUACUGGAAACCUCCCAUUGAAUGGGCCUUUCCAAUCUCAAAAUGUAGGCGCUACAGAUCCAGCAGAGUAUCAAAGAAAACAGAGAGCUCUCCAACAAGCUUUCCAACAACCACAGACGAGAGCGGCAGUUGCUACCAAGUCAACUAAUGCAGGACAACAAUCGUACGUUGUUUAAUUGUCUGAAAAGAAUAUGACUGUUAGGUUCAGGCCAGCAAAUCCACAACCAGCCGCUCAUGUUCAACCAAGGGUUUAUGAAUCAACGGUGACAGCCACUGGAAACAGACACGCACAUGCCAUACGCACGUAUCAGGCAACAAAACCUGAUUCGCAGCCAGCAGCAGCGACACGAAGUUCUGGAAGAGUGAGUUUCUCUAAGAAGCGAAUAAGCGGACAUGUUCUCCCCGGACCUACAAUAGAUCAUAGGGUAACUGAUGGAUACUUUUUCAUCCGCUACUGUAACAAAAUUUUCAGAGCCUUCUGGAGAAGCGAACUACCGCAAAACCCCGCUAUGUUCGUGUGCCAUAA